AACUAGCCGACGUCAUCCGUUGAACAACGUCAUCAAAGCGGGACAGUUCGUGUGCUGCUCAGUGGUGCUGCUUCUAAUGUGUAUUGACCCAACUCCUUAAAUCUUAAAGAUGCCUAUGAAAGGAAGGUUUCCGAUCAGAAGAACGCUAGAGUAUCUCCAAAAAGGGGAUUUGAUUUUUAAGAACCGAGUAAAGAUUAUGACCGUUAAUUAUAAUACAUCUGGAGAGCUCAGCGAGGGAGCAAGAAAGUUUGUGUUCUUCAAUAUUCCUCAAAUCCAGUAUAAAAAUCCAUGGGUCCAAGUUGUGAUGUUUAAGAACAUGACGCCCUCGUCUUUCCUGAAAUUCUACUUGGAUGGUGGAGAGCAGGUUCUUGUUGAUGUGGAAGGAAAGGACCACCAACUUAUAACGCAACACGUGAAGAAAAUUCUCUGCAAAUCAGAAGAGGUCUUGCACGUUGAAGCCCUUGCAAAAAUGCAAGAGUCCAACCCUGCCAAUUUUGGUCCAAAGAAGUAUUGUCUGAAGGAGUGCAUCUGUGAGGUUGAGGGUCAAGUACCUUGUCCUGGCACCACACCACUGCCCAAAGAGUUUACUGGAAAAUACCGCACGCAGAUGGCAGCGGCCCAGGAGUAACUGUCCCGAAGAUCAGACAUUGAAACAUUUUGACAUAUUGAUUUUCUACCGUUAUUUUGUGUUUGUUUCUUAUGUUAAAAUACUUUUCCUUUUGUAAAUAGUGAAGCUAUAUGUAUAGCGUUGGUUGCUUAAUGUAUCUAUUUAAACAAGUCUACAAAUUGUAAUAAAUACUUCCUAAUUAAAAAAAUUCUAGAGGCCAGUUUCAAACUAUUUGCGGUAGGUACAUAUGUUACACAAUCAAGCUGAGGUCCACAGGCCAUUUUAUUUCUCAAUAUCAAAUUUUAUUUGUGCUGAGAUGGAGCCGUCAAAUGAUGGCUGAAGGUUAGGUUCUUAGAAAAUAAAUGUCUUGAAUGGCAAGAUAACAUACACAGGCACUAAUCAAAUACAACAAUGUUAGCAACGGACACAAUCAAUGUGUAACCUUGGAAACGUUAAUAACACAUUUAUUGUCAAUAUUUUGAUUUGAAUGUUUUACUGGGAUUAUUCACAACACAUUGGAUUGAGCAUAACGGCAAACUCAGUCUGUAGUCAAACCUUUGGACAGUGGUCAAUUUUAUGUAGUAGAAUAAGCAGCAUUAGGAUAAUACUUACUGGCUUCGUCGAGUUGGGGUUACCAUAAGGUAAAUAAUGAAUUCGCUGAAUAAAGUUGGAUUCAAAACAAUUUGUUUUCAUGUUCCCGCUGAUAAGCCAAUCCUCUAUGUAACUACAAAAGGAAAAUGUAAUUAUUGGAAAUUGAGAUAGGUGCCAUGCUUUAAGUUUCUGCAUACAAUUCGAAAACUGCAUCACUUUGGACCUUUGAAGUUAUUCUAUACAUUGUUAAAGUACCACAGAAGGUGUACAUCAUGAAACACACCUCAGUAUACCUUUGCAGCAAUGAUGCUGCACAAUUUUGUGAUCAAUAUCUACAACCAAACAAACAAAUAUCUGAGGCCUUGCAGAGAUGCAUAUACAUCCAACAAUCAACAAAACAUGCAUCAGAUCUUUGAAAGAAUGCGUGUUACAUUAACAAUGUUUACUAUAACAAGUUAAUAUACAGAAAUGAUAUUGAUGGCGUUUCUUGCAGAAAAGCACAUUGAUUCUGUGCAUUAUGCCUUGUGCUUUAAUUACGCAAAAUGAAAUAACGUAAAUAGAUCAUUAAGUAGUUAGUGUGUGCUUAAAAAUAUUUUGCAUGAAAAAUGUUGUGUAGAAUAGUCAUCAAGUCCGGCACUACAUGCUAGCCCUAGGUUAUCAAUUUGAAGAGAAACCUUCUGAUUCUCAUUAACUAAAUACCUAAAUGAAUGAUUUAUUCACUAUAAUUCAGAUUCAG